AUGAAGUUCCUGAUCUGCCUCUGCGUCGUCACGCUGGCGGCUGUGGCCGUGGCCCAUCCGGCGCCUGCAGACGCCGCCGCGCAUCCCCUGGAGAUCUUCGAGACAGCCGAGUCCGCGCAUGGCGGCGGCUACGGGGGCUACGGUGGACAUGGCGGCCAUGGCGGCGGCUGGGGAGGAGGCCAUCAUCAUCAUCACGGCGGCGGCGGCUGGGGCCAUGGCGGUCACGGCGGGCACGGCGGCGGAUGGGGCCACGGACAUCAUCAUGGCCACCAUCACGGCUGA